UUUCCCACUCAAAAGCUAAUCAAAGAACCCAUCUCCUCUCAAACAAAGCAUCAUACCUUUUUUUUCCAAAGAAGAAGAUGAUGAAAAUGACUUCUCUUCUGAUGAUCAUUUUGUUAUGCAUUCAAUGUGCCGUUAUGGUAGCGUCGGAGGGUGGUCCUAGAGUUUUCAAGGUUGGAGACGAGUUCCAGUGGAAAGUUCCACUCCAGAAUGAUACAUCGGUUUACAGCCGCUGGGCGAGCACCAACCGCUUCCACAUCGGCGAUUCUCUCUCGUUUGUGUACGACAAGGACUCGGUGAUGGAAGUGGAGAAAGAGGGUUUCUACCACUGCAACGCCAGCGAUCCCAUCACAGCGUUUGACAAUGGAAACAGCACGUUUAUCCUUGAUCGUCCUGGUCUCUUCUACUUCAUCAGCGGCUCCGACUCCCACUGCACCAGCGGACAGCGUCUCAUCGUCGAAGUGAUGCAUAUCCACCACCACCACAGCAACCACCACGCUUCCUUGCCUCCAUCCAUGUCGCCUCUCUCACCUGCCAGCUCUCCCUCUUCAUCUGCAUUUGACUCUCAUGAUGAUCCUGCUUCUUCUUCUGCUGCCUCCUCCCUGCUCGCUUCCUUCUUCCUUCCCUUUGCUGCACUUCUUGUUGCUCUUUUCUGCUUCCGACCAUAGCGCUUUUAGUUUCAUCUUCUUAAUUAGUCUUCUUUCAUUGCUAUUUUUCAGUUACUUUGUCAUCCAACUUUUUAAGAUAUUGUUUUUUUAUUACUAACCUUACGUUUUCUUC